AUGUUCAAUGCAGUCGCGGCGCGCCGCUCAAGCAAUGCCUUGAUGCGAGUUUCACGCAUCCCCCGAACACCCGUCCUCCCCUCACGAUCCAUCGCAUUCUCAACACAACCACCGCCGCUACAGCAAAUAACAAGAACAAAAGUGCCUACUCCAUACAACCUACGAAUCUCUUCCGCCUUACCACUUCACCAUGCCUCGACAACCCUCCAAGUCCGCUCCCUCUCCUACAUCCAGCGCACCCGACUCGGCCUCAAACAAGCCUCGAAAGGAAUCUGGCGCAAAUACCCGUUCGUUCUCCCAUUCGCCAUUAUCUGCGUCAUUGGCUCGUUCUGUGCAUUCUUCUACGUCGCCUAUGUUGAGGUCAAACAUCAUAUGCCACAGUAUGCGAAAUACCCUCCAGCCGUAGCGAAGCACCUCCGCACGGCCGUCUGGUACACAGAGGUGGAUCUUAACCCGCCUCUUGCUCUGAAAUCAUACAAGGAAGCGAUGCAUGCAGCUGCUGAGGCGAAGAUGCACCCGUAUUCCGAUGAGGUGUUGGGGAUCAAGUUACAAACCUCGAGGAUGCUGGAGAAGGCGGGGUUGAUCGAGGGGGCAGUCAAGGUUUUGGAGCAAACUAGGACGGAAACUCUGGCCUGGAUUGAGAAGAGCAAAGAGCGGGCGAGGCAAAAUAAGGAAGCAAAGGAAAAGCGCAAGAUUGAACAUGGGGAGACACCGCCGGGACAGAAGCUCGAGAUCGACGACCCGGAGGUGCUGCAGAGGUGGAAGAAGAUUCAGGAGUUUGAAGCGUAUGAGGAGAAACAGCGGGCUAAGUGUAUAAAGAAGGUUGUUGGGAUGUCGCUGAAGCUCGGCGAAUUAUACGAGAGUGACCACAUGCAGAACCCGGAAAAGUCUGAGGCCGCGUACGAAUCGGCCGUCGAGAUCGCCAUGAAGGAACUCCAAUCACGCGAGAGUCAAGGUCUUCCUGUUGCCGGAAGAGCAGAUGGUGAGGAUGAUCAUGAGAUCGAAUAUUUGACCCGCCAAGAAGUCGCGGUUGCCCUUACACAGCUGGCGGAUAGCUAUGUUGGAAACGACAAGCGGAUCGACCUCGCCAUUCCUGUCAUUGUGCGCGCCUUGGAACUCCUUCGAGUAGAGGAAGGCUCCCGCCCGUCCUGCAAGCAAGCCUUGCUCAUGAGCAACACUGGUGGAAUAUGGGGCAAACGAGCAGGAAUGCCCUUCCAAACCAAGGAUCCCGAGGCCUCACGCAAGCAGGCUUACGAAGCCGCCAAGCAGUGGUCCGUGAACGCUCUCGAGCUCUCCGAGAAGGUUUCCCCUCUCAUUAGAGAUGAAGCUUGCGAUGCUGCUUGUAUGCUGGCGAUGUUUAAUCUCGGCGAGAUUGCGGAACAGUGUGGGUCACCCAAGGAGGCUGAAAAAUGGUAUCGGGAUGCUUUAGCUCUAUCCAAGAAAAUUGGGGACCAAGGAGAAUCGACACAUGAGCUGAUAGCGGCACUGAAUGAGGGAAUGGAAAGAGUGUCGAAGAAAUGA